AUGCUCCAGAUGGUUCUGGAGCCAGCAGGGAUAGCCCCGGAUUGGGUCGUCACACCGAUUGAUGCGAGAGCGGCCGUUGGUGUUGUCUGCACUUUCCUUACCCCGCGCCUGGCUACGGGCUUUGCACACGCCUAUGCUGCAGGACAAGCCUGUCCUGCCCUGCCCGAGUCCUUCCAUAGGCUCGUUGCUAGGGGACAAUGGAUUCUGCGACGCACGGAUGGCGCAUGUGCCAGACCUUUCGUUGCCCCUGUCUUGGACGACGAUGCCACACUGGUUGUCGACACUCGGUGCUUCGGCGGACACUCGUCCUCCCUCAGCUCUCCCCCAGGCACCAUUGGCCAUAGCUCCUAUAGCAGCACCUCAACCUCCUCUGUCACGGAUGAACUUGGGAGGAUUGUACCCUUUCACACCCUGUACAGAGAAGACGAGCACGCGACUGAAAUGCAUGUUGUCUUCUAUGCUGAAGGCAUGCGGCCAUGGAGACAUUCCUUUGCGCGCACGGCAACAUCCCCCGACCUUGCGCGUCAUGCUGCAGUAAGGAUGCAGGGUGCCACAGGCCAAAACGCGUGGCGCAUCGCUUUCCUGCCGCGCCAGCCGGCCGUCAGAGACGCACACUUGCACGUCAUGGUACUGCCGGUUGGGGAUCUUGGAGAUACUCUGCCUUUCCUCCUCGACUCCAGAAGGGUCUUCGGGGGCAAGCUUUGUAAUAUACAGCUUCUACGCACACGGCCAGGCCAACACAACGACCCACAUGGCUUUGCAAAUGCCGCCGAACAGGCUCUCUUGCAUGCUGGCCUGGCGGAAGUCUCCUUUGCAUUCCACGUGUCAGCACACCGACCGGCUGCCGUUGUUGUCCCGGCAUGGGAAGGCCUACCAGCCUGUGUCUUAGAAGAUUCGGUGCACAUCAUCCUGCAAUUCCCAGGACUGAGGCAAGCCAUCCUGCGGGAUGCCCAAACGAGACUCGGCAUCCCUACCGGCACUGCGACUGGCACCUUUGUCGAGGUCACACUCGCAGAAAGUGUCGAGCUGCCGGCCCUCCUUCACAGGCUGACACAGAAGGCUGCUCAGCAACAGUGCCUACCCCCGGGGCACUCGAUUGCCGUCUCCCCAUGCCAGCCUGAAGCUAGGGCAUCAAAUAGGGAAAUUUUGUUUCACUUGGUUCCACCGCAGGUUGAUAAGGAGCACUGCUAUGUAUGGGUUGACUUGCGCCCGUCGGCGGAGCUCUCGUAUCUCCGCAGCGCCACCCUUGCAGAGCCCAACAGUGUCUCUAUCAGAAGGCUCAAUGUGCGUUCCCUCUAUCUCAAUGCCCACCGCUGGGAUGAGCCCCGGGCUUUGCGGCACGGCGACUUACACCCGACAUUCGGCCUCCGGACCAGCAACAUCAACUUGGACCCUGCAGACGCCGAAGAGCUUGACAUCGACUCGGCCUUCAUGUGGGACGAGGCGAUCAGUGCAAGACUGCGGGCCUUUGGUUUUUCCCCUGCCUGCUGCCUUUUUACGGUUGUUGGGCCUGGUUUCGCCUUUACUGCAUCGGUUGGACGCUUUCGUCCCACCUUACUGCAGGUGACCGACUGGCUUGAGACAUGGCUAGGUGGUAAUUUUCCCUCCUUAAGGGUUUAUGAUGCGGGAGUGCAACAUAACGGCAGGUGGGUCUUUGUCGCCACCCCGGGCUUCAUGGACCCCCAAAGAGAAUACGUGCUAGUCACAGCGGACACCCCUGCACUUGCCGCUUACCUACUCCCUCACGGGACAACCUCGGCGACGGUAUCCUGUCUCAUCCCUUCUCCGCAACUGCAACGCAGCACACCUGUGCCCGGAUCUGCGUACCAUGCGGACUUCUGGCCUUCCUGUGCCUUCGCAGAAUCUGAGUUCCUACUCCUGCGAGAGAACAGGGCCACCGCAAUCGAGGAUGCGGCCCCCAGCACGACAGGUAGAUGGCGACGACAUCGCUAUGCCACCUCAAGUGCCUCGGCAAGCAGCAUAGCACAUCAGCCAGAGGAUCCUGCUACUGCCGCGCCCACCACUACCACCACUACCGAGGCCUGCACAACACGCACUACCACUGUUGCCAUUGCCCCCCCUGGCCGCAUUGCCAUUACUGUCAUGGCAGAAGGCAUCAUGGUGAGCCGCUACCCGGCCGGCCGCGACAUUGCACACAUGGCGGAGGCCAUCAUGGAGUGCAUGAUCGAGCACAUCCACCGUGAAAGAGCACCUCACAACGGUGUGCUCCGAAUGGCACAAACCAUGCCACACCACCCCUCUGCCCCAUGGAAUGAAGCCUUGAUAGUUUGGAGCCCUCUUGACUUCAAUGUGCAUGUUGUGCUAGACCUCCGGGCGAUCGGGGGCGGUGUAAGGCAAGUCAUGACAGCACCCGAACAGGAUCCGGAGCACCUCAUCGCUGUCUACACCAGACAAGCAGGUGUCUUCCUAUGGGUAAAUGGCAUUCCAAGACGCCUUUACACUGGGGAAUACGUCUUCAUGAUGCCGAACAUUCGGCGGCAGAUAUCUGACGCCCUCGAAUCGCGUGCCAUCCAUCUUGGCUUUUGGCUUAAUCCAAGGCGAAUGGCCAUCAUUUACAACCGCGACAGAGGCGAGAUAGCCCUGUACGUCCAAAGCCGGCUGCCAGCAACUUCAGCCCAAGUGCAAGAAGCCCUCACACUCAUCGAUACGUGGACUGACGCCGAUGAGGUGGUUGACACCCGUGAGAUGGCGUUCAACACCUCGCUUUUCGUCGCCAGAGACAACUUCGAGAGGAGGAGUCGCUUUCAGUUGAUUCCCAUCCCCAAUUUCCCACAAGCACACAUGCUCUGGGAGAUCAACGACCACAACUAUGCUGAGGCUGCUAGUCUUCCCGCGCCACCACACCUGCUAGUACAAGCCGACUCCGCCCCUACACACGGUCGAGCCCUCCUCUUCCGACGAAGAUCCAGCAACGGUGCCAGCGCAAGCGCCAACGCAGGCACUAGUCUGGCGCAACUGUCGUGGAAGCGCAAAUCGGCCGCUCUGAUCCAGGCGCCAUGCGAAGCUUUGAGCCGCAAUGCCCCACCUGCAAGGGUCGCACUAUGCCGCAGAGAGUUUGCGCAAAUGGGGAUCGGGCAACACGACACGGACGACCGCCAGCAUGAUGCGCUUGCGGUCGGCCCCUUUGCAGGCUGUCGUGCCCCCAGCGCUGUCACAACUCAGCCGGCCAUGCGCAUGCCACGGCUGUUACCCCCUGACUUUGCGCUCAUCAUUGACAGCACUUACACUGCUGUCGCGCGGACGAUGGCUGCACCGGAGAUGGCGGAAGACACCGCCCGGUACACCAUCUUUGAUCCAAUACAUCAGAUCCGCAUACGCCUCCACAGAGCCGACAUGCGCCUUGAAUGGCUGGUGGCGGACAUUCUGCGCUCCACACCAGAGCAGAUACGCAGCAUACAACUCCUGGCGGACACAGUCUACGGGUUCCCGGAACCGCAACUUGUGCUUACUUUCGCGGAUUCCCCCGCGGAAGCACUUGCUGUCCCAAUAGACUGUCGAGCCUUCAGCCUUGGGGUGUGCACGGCUUACGCCACCCCAAGGCUAAGUUGGUCUGGCUUAGGCGACGCCCUUGCUGAAGUUGACAAUGCGCAUCUUGGUUGCCACGGAGCCGGAGCUGCUGUCCACAACGCCCUCCGCGCACAACGGCUCACGCUGCGCAGUGCUAGGGGGGACAUGAUGGAUCCGAUUCCGGACCUCCUGCCCUCUUUGCAAUUCAUCUUCGCAGUCUGGCGGCCGCCAACCCCCCCCAUCCCGGAUGAUGAUUCACUGCUUGCGGAUACCGACAUGGGAGAUCCGCCGCCUGCGGAAAUGGGUGAUAGCGCUGGCCUCACCCAUGCACCAGAGGCCCCUCUACAGGCGACCGUACCCCCACCAGGUAGCGACGCGAGCGCCGCCCCUUGCGGCCAACCACCUGCAAGCAAGUCCCUGCAAACCUUGCUGGCCGACUAUGAACUCCUCACCAGCCCUGGGGCCAUCCCCCUGCGCAAUGACAUUGCCAAAGUCCCUGGCAUGCCUCGCGGCCUCAGGACGCUCGGAGCUCUCGCCCCUGGACACCCUGGCCUCUGCAGGGCCUUCCAUAUCUUCACUGAUGGGUCCUUCGAUCCCGGCCCCAAGCUACACAGGGGCGGCUGGGCCUUUAACGUUUUUGUGCAGCAAGAUGACCCCAAACAGCCCCUUGCCUUUCUGGGCUAUGCAUGUGGCUCCAUGCGCCCCUGGGUUUCCUCCACCUUGGCAAUUGACUACAGCUCUUAUGAUGCAGAAGCUGUUUCAAUCCUUGCGGCUGCUGUGUGGGCCCUCUCCCUGCCAGGUGACCGACAAGUACACUUUCAUGUUGACUCACAAUCUGUACUGGGUGCUGCAAAUGGGUCAUAUCAGACAGCCAACCCUGCCGCGUGCAACACGGCUGCUUGCCUGGCUAGGCAGGCCGUGCAAAUUCUUGAGGCACAGGAGCGUGACCUGCACUGGCAUUGGGUACCAGGGCAUAAAGGGAUAGCUGGGAACGAAAUAUCAGACUCCCUCUCCAAGGCGGUCGCCCUAGGGGUCUGGCCAGACACCCCGUUGCCGCACGCCCUCUGGCAGGCUGUCACCCAUCCCUUUUUUGGGUGGCUCUGGAGGGCAUCCACUACAAAAACAGACUGUCCAUCCCUUGCCUCCCUUGAAGGGGGAAGGUAUGAGAUGCCCGACCAGGUCCCCCCUGCACUACUUUCCGAAGGCCAAGGUCCAGAGGCCCCGAAGGUCACGACCAUUGCACUGCAGACAUGUACGCUCAAUGUACAAAGCCUUCAUGAACAGAAAGAUGCACUCUGGCAUCUGCUCGGAAAAGAGCGUUUUGGCAUCGUGGGACUGCAGGAAACCAGAAUGCAGCGCGAUUAUCAGUGCAAAGGCCGGGCCUUCUUUGAAGUACAUGCCGCAGGGAAGAACGGCAACCACGGCACCUCCCUGCUUUUUGCGCAAGAUGUCCCUUAUGGAUGGCAAGGAGAUAGACCCCUCCAUAUCUUGCCGGAACACAUCUCCUGCCUACACGCCGAACCAAGCAUCCUCGUCUGUGCCGUGCACGCACCUGGCCUGCACCUUUGCUGCGUCUCGGCACAUGCGCCUCACUCUGGCAACUCACCUUCAAGCAUCCAGGCCUGGUGGCGGAGAUUGCAAGGGGUUAUCCCCAAAGAUGCCAAGGGCAGACUCCUCCUGCUCGUCGAUGCAAACGCCAGGCUGGGGUCAGUCACCUCGACCGGGAUAGAUGCCCACGCCGGCGAGGAAGAGUGCCCAGCGGGAGAAUGCUUGAGGGAGCUCGCCGACAAGUUCCAACUUUGGAUUCCAGCAACUUGCUUUGAUCGCACGGGGCGCCGGGACCCGAGUGCGUCUGAACCCACGUGGGUAUCCCCACACGGCACCUUGCACCGCGUCGACUACAUCGGUGUUCCACUGGCCUGGAACACCGGCAAUGUCACCCCGUGGGUCCACGGGGACCUUCUCCCUGCCAGGCAACAUGAGGACCACUGGGCGGCAUGUGUCAGUGUACAGUUCUUGACCCACUGCAUCGCACCCAAAAAGGGGCCCGGAGCUCUUCCAAGAGACCCCAGCAGAGCGACCGAGCAGUGCAGGCAGGCUGUUCUUGCCGCAUGGGACACUGCUCCUCCGGUCCCUUGGGAAGCCAAUGUCCAUGAACACAUGGAAUUGCUUCAGAGAACGGUUGUACAAGCAGCCCAGGCCACCCCCCCUCCACCGCUGCGCAAGAAACGACCUUUCGUUUCAGAAGAAGCAGCGGCGCUCCUCCAUGACUGCAAGCGGCUGCGGCGCUCCCUACGCGGCUUCGAUAGACUCGAGCGCCAGCUGCGCUUACGCACCAUCCUUCAUGCCUUGUCAAGAGGCCGGGCGAGGCCCCCUGUAUCCAGGGAAGGUUGGACCUUGCGCGACUUGCAGGCUAUCAAGGGUGUUUUUGUGCGCUGGCUGCAUACCGACAGAACGGCUGUCAGAACCACCAUCCAAGCGGACAAGGCCGCGUUCGCCGCUGCACGGCUGCGCUCUUUGCAAGAGGCCGGGCAAGCCGGCAACGCUAAGGCGUUCUACAAGGCCCUUGCCCCGCUUCGCCCACCCGGUAAAAAGAUCCUCAAGCCCUUUGCCCCGCUUGUCAUUACACGAGGAGAAGACAACCAAUUGCCUGACCCGAUUGCCCUCACCAAAGACAAGAGGGAGCACUUUGCAGCCCUGGAGGCUGGGGAGGAAACUACCCUGGCCGAACUGUUCAGUGGAGCACCUGAGCAGCCCGCGUCGGACUGCACUUUUGACCUGCGAGAGUUGCCGACCCUCACCCAAAUUGAGCACCUUGUUCGCUCCAUCCAGCUCGGCAAAGCACCAGGGCCAAGCUCCGUGCCUGGGUGGGUGUGGAAGUCCAAUACGACCAAGGCGGCAAGGGCUUUGCUACCGCUUUUCCUCAAAGCGCAUGUUCGCUUGACCGAACCCAUCCAGUCCAAGGCGACCGACCUCAUAAGCCUUUUUAAAGGUAAAGGUAGUGCCAGGGAUUGGUGCAACCACCGCGCCAUCUGCCUCCUGGAGGAGCCAGGUAAGCUCCUUAGGAAAGCCUCGCGGGCGGCCCUCCUCGAUGCGCUACAACCUAAGGAGCUCCACCAAGGAGGAAUGCCCGGUUCACUGCUGCCAUCUGGACACCACCUUUUGAGAACCUUCUUCGCCACAGCCAGAGCCCAGCGAUCGGCGCAUGCCGCGCUCUUCUUUGAUGUCACUUCCGCGUACUACCGCGUCGUGCGCGAGUGCUUCUUCAAGGCCCCUGACUGUGAUGAAGCUUUCCUCACCGUCCUCCGCCGUCUGGAGGUACCGGCUGAAUAUUUCCAUGAAGUUGUGUGCUGGGCACGGGGCGCGGCUCUUCUUGAACGCAUGUCCCCACAUGGGCAGCGUGUCAUUAAGACUUUUAUGUCGAACACGCACUUCAAGAUGAAAGGAGACGGGGUGUACGUCGGCACACAUGCGGGGGUGCGGCCCGGCGACACAAUCGCCGACGUCCUUUUCGCUUUUGUCCAAGCUGACCUAGUCAAGGCAAUUGAACAAGCUGCCGCACGGGAAGGCCUGCUUGAGUGCCCCGUCCGAGAGGCCGCCUCGCUUCCCCUAUCCCUCCUUUGCCCAACAUGGGCCGACGACUCAGCCAUCCUUCUGGCUGAUCGGUCGUCUGAACGGCUCCUGCAACGGGCCAGGUGCCUUUUCCAGAUUGCGCACAGGGAAAUGAUGCGACGCGCCAUGUCCCCGAACUAUAAAGCCGGCAAAACAGAGGCGGUUGUCCACCUCAGCGGCAAGGGCAAAAGGGAGCUUGCCAGGGAGCUCUUCGUCCGGCAACAAAGCAGGCUCCAUUUCACGGUGGGGCAACACACCUUUACUGUCGGGUGUGUGCCAGGUUACUCGCACCUAGGAGGGAGGGUUACGGUCAAGGGCAAUGCUAUUGCCGACUUGAGGCAAAAACUAGCAUCGGCCUUCGCAGCCGCCAGGCCCCUGGCCAGGACCGUGCUGCGGAACAAGCACUUGCCCAUCGCGCAACGGCGCCAGCUGCUGAACGGGCUCUCCCUGUCCCGGAUAACUCAUACGGCUGCAACUUGGCCCAGGCUGGGGGUUGAAGAGAGUGCCCUCUGGUCAGCGGGUUACUCGAAGCUUGUCCGACUCCUGACGAGUGAUGAUAGAUGGACGGGAGCCCCAUCGUUACCUGGCCCGCAGGAGUUAUGCCGCUAUACUGGCAUGCCCCUUCCAGACUCGUUCCUCCGUUGCGAACCGCUGCACCACUUCGCCCGCUGCCUAACGCAUCAGCAGGAGACCCUGCUUGCAAUGCUGCAAGCCGAGAGACAGGUGAGUGCUGGCACCUCGUGGCUCGAACAGCUGAGAAAGGACCUCCAGUGGCUCUCUGCCGGAGCCGAGCUCCCAGCCAUCGCCUCGCAGAACUUCCCAGAGGCCCUGCAGGCCUUCAUUUUGGAAUGCCCUACCAGGUUUCACAGACUGGUGCGCAAAGCUGCCAGCGCGGAACUACGGCAACCGCCAACGAAAGCAUCGGCAUCAAACCCCGAUGUCGUGCCCCACACCUGCCCCCUUUGCGGUGAUGCCUUUGCGUCCUUCCAAGCCCUCAGGGCGCACCGGUUCGCUGUGCAUCAUCUGCGGUCCGACGCGGCAGCCGUCGUUGACGGCACCAGCUGUCCCUGCUGCUUGACCGAAUUCUGGUCAAGGGACAGAGUCCUGAGGCAUGUCCAACACGAUCGCCCCGCUUGUCUGGAGGCCUUAUGGUCACACGGGAUGUUCGUGAACCCUUUGACACAGGUGCACGGAGAGCCGGGCCAAACCGCGCACUACCCCGCUACACGUCUCGCGGGCCCCCUUUUGCCCCUCACCACGCAGUCGCCAGCCGAUGCCGUUGACGCAGCUGUGCAACUGCUUGCAGAGGAGCCGGGCAUGUCUCACGAGGAACUCAGGCAAGCCCUGGAUGCCUUUUACUUUUCCCCUGCGGUCACUGACUGCGUCGCUUUGCUGGCCAAUGAGCCUGCCAUCGACUUGACGGGAACGUAG